AUAAAGCGUGACGUUUUAACAUUUGUAAUUUCGUGAGUAUUGUAUCUUUUUUUUUGACACUAAACGUGUGAAGAAAAAGGUUUCUUGUAGUUCUAGAUGAAUUAGUUUUUGCUGGUAUGUCCGAGCAAGACAAAAAGAACAACCCCCCAGCGCUAGGGGGUCCCUCUGUCCUAGUAGUAGAUCAGACACAAGGCAGCAGACAGAAACAGUCGUUCCGAGCCACCGAGUUACAGCAGGACGCAUCGGAGUUACAUCAUAAACGAUCUCGUGCAUUCGGAGUGCCGUCCGUAGGUGAGGAAUUGAAAGAUAUAUGUCAAGAGGCCAACGGUAGUACCGAUCCAGAUAACAAGGAGGAAAAGGAACAAAAAGUUCAAAAGGGACAAGACGUCGUGUCGUACGAUAAACAAAAACAGAUGUUGACGAAAAAGUUGUCUUCGAGCCACAACAAGCACGAUCCUCCCGAAAACAUACAGUACGAGACGAUAACGUUAACUGCCGUCAAUGUCGAGAAUAAGAUAGAAUUAGAUACAAAAGCGAGUGGUACAGUUGCCGGGGUUGUGACUCCGCAGCCUACUCCUUCGACCACCACGAAAGAGUCGGCUCCACAACCUCCAGAGUCACAGCCUGAGGAGUCAAAACUGCAGGACACAAAGCUGCAGGAAACGGUUAAUGUUAUGGUGAACGAGGAGUGCAUAAAGGAUGAGAUAACAGAGCAACCUAAAGCUGAUAUAGACAAGAAACAGUCCGAUUGGUCGUAUUUGGAGGAGGAGCAGGCGGGCGGGCUGCCGCGGGAGACGCGCGCGAGCCGCGUCAGUCGCAGCGUCCGCACCUUCUUCUGCUGCGGCGUGCCCUACGAGGCGCCGUCAGAGGACGACGUCUCCGUUGAGAACUACGUGUCCGGCAUAUAGACCACUCUAGGAAAUAAAUUGCAUAUAACGCACACUGUCUAAUAAAAAACGCCGC